CAUACAAAAAUUGUUCGAGUGGAUCAAUUCAUCCAUACAAAAAGUGUUCAAGUUUAAAAAAAAAGAUGCAUUCAUUCAUAAAAUUCCUAAAGUUUUGUGUUUGCGAAAAGGACACUUCAUAUUCUCUCUACAAUACGAAGCAAAAGAUAGUGAUCAAGGUGCAAUUGACCUCUGAGAACUGCAGAACCAAGGCCUUGAAGAUUGCUGCAGAAGCCAAAGGAGUGAGCAAUGUUUCCAUAGACGUAGAGAAAGCGGUAGUUGAGGUGAUUGGAAUUGGAGUUGAUGCCGUUUCCUUGGCACAGUCAUUGGAGAAGAAGCUUGGUUUUGCUUCCAUUGUAAGUGUUGGAGAAGUGAAAAAACCAGAGGCGCCAAAGCCAGUCAUUCCAAUUGAAUGGACAUCAAGCUAUAUUCACUGUCCACGGUAUGCUGUGCGCUAUGAUGGACUCUGCCGAUGUUAAACGAAGCACUGUUUAAUUAAGUGCUUCUGAGAACGUAUCAAUUAUUUCUGGCUGUUGUUAAACCCUUAAGUUGUAAA